AUGUUUCCCACAGCAAGAUGUCUGGGCGCCAAACCCGCUGGCUUUUUCAAGCGGAGCGCGGACGAGCUGGGCCGACUAUCCCGAAUCGCUUGGAACACCGAGGGCCUUCACACGCCGACGAAGCCAUACCACCUUUUGGAUUUUGAAGAUGAUUCGGCCGUCGCAGGAUGCAAGACCAUGGCCGACCGCGCCGUUGGAGGAUUCAGCACCGCAAGCUUAGACUAUAUACCCGCAGACCCCUCGACAAAUUCACCCGCCCAUGCAAGAUUCCACGGAAGCAUCUCGACGAAGCUGCCAGACAACUGGCGGGUGGAGAGGACAGGAUACGCCGCCUUCCGCAACCAAGACCGAGGCUUAUGGCUUUUCGGUCGUCUAUACUGGGACCUUGACCCAUAUACCUACCUAGCAUUGCGAAUCAAAUCGGACGGUCGACGAUAUACGGUUAAUAUUCAAACAGAUUCAAUUGUCGAAACUGAUAUCCACCAACACCGACUAUACACACGCCACCACCACGUGCAGUCGUCAGACGAUUACCUCUCACCAUACUCGUCGCCGGAGGCAGCAGAGCCCCCUGAGAUUGCCAAGGAGAGAUACCCCAACGGCAUCCCGCCUUCUCUAUCAGACGUUCCUCCGCCUACUACAGUCAUGUCGUCUAGCUCCAAGACGACGUCCGGCUCGACCGGGUGGGAGACUAUCCUUCUACCCUUCAAUUCUUUCGUCCGCACAAACCAUGGGCUCGUUGUCGAGCCACAGACUUCAAUAAUACGUCAGCGGGUGAAGAGUAUCGGUAUCGGCUUGACAGACCGAGUUGAGGGUUCAUAUGAUCUCCGAAUUCACCGUAUCUGGGCCACGAAUGGGAUGAGCGCGGCAGAGCUUGAAGAGGAACAGCGAAUCUGCGGGGCAGACGCUUUACCCCUUGAUGAUGGUGUCCGGACGGGAUGGACGGGCAAGCCCGCGGAGACAAUUGAAAGCAUCAAAGAACCAAAAGACACGAAGCCGAAGGUGAAGGGGCUGAAGGGGCUGAAAGAUGAAUGGGAUUAA